AUGGUCCCUAUAAAAUUGCAAACUGUGACGAGAUUUUUAAAUACCGUAGACAUCAAACGUGUUAUCGAAGCCAAAAUUUUAACGAAUAUUUGUGCGAAUGCUGAUCAAUGUUUUCGGCACAGAAGCAUUCUGAAGUCACUGGAAUAUUCUCAGCUGGAACAUUUGAAAACCGACGGCAGGUAUUUGGGUACAGUGAUCUCACUAAGUGGACGCAAUUCUGGGGCAUUGCUUUUCGAAGAACACAGCCCAUUAGAGCGUCGCGAUCAACUGAAUCCAAGACUCCGUUCAGAUCAAGGAACACUGCGAUAUAUGGUCAAAAGAAUCUGCAAGUGCCCGACGUUAGCUUUAUCUCCUGCAUUCACAGUCGUUGAUGUUACUUCCACACGAAUUCACCUGUAUAGUCCUUAUAACCAAUUCCUAACUGCCGUUAAUCCGUUGUCCUAUGCCUUCCAAAAGCCUCAGUAUGGUCGGGGAAUGUCUGGGAUUGCGGCUGGUCACCCUUCCCUUGCACCUCGCGAAAUGCUCCUAUACGACCAAGCGUCUCGAACAGCCUCCGCUGAGGAAGCACUACUCACUCACUGCCUUCUCGCGGCGGAGUUACCUUUCGCAGCCGUUCGCCGAUUGGCACCUGUUGUCAUGCAACACUUAAACUAUCUUCCUCGAUCUGCAAUGGGUUCAAUCAUCAGUUCUACACCCGGCAUCGUGAUCGUCGUUUUCAUCGGUAUCAAUGUCAGCCCGAAAACCUCACCAAACUAA